AUGGCUUCAAGUGAGAAAAGUCUUGUUUCGAAGACGCGUCGACAAGGUGCGGGGUUGGUCAAGCUUGCCUUUUCCCCGGGUUCGCUCGAUCCAUCACUCGAUACAUCACCAGCCAGUCUGAAACGGAAGUUCAAAGAUGAAGAUAAUAAAGACCACGACCUAUUCAUCUUGGGUUAUAGGCCACAGAAUCAGUCUUUUCCUCAUAGUCUUCUGUCAUCUUCUCCAAGCACAUCAUCACAGAGCGUUCACUCCUCACCCUCAUACCAUCCGCCGGCCGGGCCGGGCAGUUCUCAAGAGCUGCCAAUUGACCUCACCGAUAGACAGCCGAGACGUAUUGAACAGCCCAGACACAUUAGAAAGCCCAAAGACAUUAUCGAUCUGACCAAAGAACCGCAGACACAGUCCCAGGUUUCAUCACCUUCCAUCGGUCUCCCCGACCUUUGGGAAGUGCGCAGACAAACCUGCCGGUUGACUUUGGAGCCCGUCGCUCGUCCAAGCAAACCUUCUCUUCCCAUCGAAGUCGAUAGCCUCGUGGUCAAUACCAUUGUGUAUAAGGUUGGUGAUUCAGUGGAGCUCCACGAUGGCAACUUCCUGUACAUCGAACGAAUUGUUGAGAAUCGUGAAAACCAAUGCUUCCAUGGUCGCCACUUGGUAUCAACAGAAAGCGAAGAAGUUAAAGCUUUCGUGCCCACACACAAGGAUGAAGUGAUCUGGUUUGCUCACAUCCACAAGCCAUAUUCAAUGCAUGAGAUCAAGUGCUUUCGUCCCAUCGUCUUCACCAACAUGCGGCGUCGGGAUUGGGCAUUGCAUCAGAAAUCAGCCGCCGAUGAGCGCCUAACAUGCCGGCUGAAAUUCUCGCCCAUGUUUCGGCCAGUUUUGCCCCAUCAGAGCAAUCGAAGCCGAACAGCUUUGGAAGAGAAGGAGUUUGUUGUGGAGUAUCUGACAUUUGACGAGGCAACGAGCGACCGUCUCCGCGCUAAGGAACUGCGCGAAAGGUGGCGAGGUUGUAAUGAGACAAUCCCUUUUGGGGCAGCCGAACUCCCAUCUGGACCCGAAGGCCCGCUGGACCCCGCCGAUUUACAGGCUUUGGGUCAUGACCGUACAUACACGUACGGUGAUGCGUACUGCGGCGCUGGUGGCGCCUCAUGUGGUGCCAAAAAAGCCGGUCUGGCCUUGACUUGGGCUGUCGAUAUGGACAAGAAUGCCAUGGAAACAUAUCGCCAGAACUUUCCUGAGUCCUUGGCGGAGCAUUCCGCAUUCGACCAGUUCAUUACACAGCGUCCUGCAGAGCUGCGGAUCGACGUGUGCCAUACCUCACCACCAUGCCAGCCCUUUUCGCCGGCGCACACUAUCCACAACCAGGUGCGAGAUGAGUUGAACUCGUCCUGUAUUUUCACCUCUCUCAAUUUGAUGGAGAAGGCCCGUCCUCGGGUGUUGACCAUGGAAGAAACCUUCGGGUUACAAAAUCGCCAUAUCCCCACAUUCAAUCGGUUGAUCAUGGACUUCAUUGAAGUGGGAUAUUCCGUCCGCUGGGCAGUUCUUGAUUGCGUGAACUACGGAGUGCCCCAGACGCGUCGUCGUUUGAUCAUCCUUGCUGCGGGUCCCGGAGAGACCCUGCCUAAUAUGCCACCUCCAACCCAUGGGCCGUUCGGGUCUGGGCUCAAACCCUUCGAAACGAUCUUCCGGGCCAUCAGCGGUAUCCCCGAGGGAUGGCCAGAUCAUGACGUUGGGUCCCAAAAAGACCGGACAAAAAAUGCCCAUCGAGCGCCGUACAACGAACACCAGCCCGCCAAAACGAUCACCUGCAGCGGGGGUGAGGCUAACUACCAUCCCGCUGGAGUGCGAGCCUUCACACCCCGCGAGGUGGCAUGUUUGCAGACUUUCCCUUUGGAGUUCAAGUUCCGGGGGAAACACAUCCGCAAGCAAAUGGGGAACGCUGUGCCUCCUCGGCUUGCCGAGGCGGUGUUCCGAGAGGUGCGGAGGUCUUUGCAGGAGACGGACGAGAGGGAGCUGAGAGAGGAAGCUCGGACCGGGGGUAGGAUCAUGUGA